AUGGCCAGCACACCUGCUCCUAUGCCGAAGACCAGGCUCGGUCAUCACAGAGUCCUUGGUCCAAAUUGCUCUCUGAAGGUCUCCCCUCUUUGUCUUGGUGCAAUGAACUUUGGUGACAUAUGGAGCUCGAUUGUUGGCGCAUGUACCAAGGAGACUACCUAUACCAUUCUAGACCAAUUCCGUGAGGCAGGUGGAAACUUCAUCGACACUGCCAAUAUGUACAUGGCCGGAGAGUCGGAGGAAUGGCUAGGUGACUGGAUGAGUGAUCGAGGAGUCCGGGAUGAGAUGGUACUCGCCACCAAGUACACCUACACCUACAAGAUUCACGAGUUAUGCCCCCCUGGAACCAUCACCUCCAAUUUUGGUGGUUCCAAUAAGAAAAGCCUCCGACUGUCUCUGGCUGAAAGCUUGAAACGACUCAAGACAGAUUACUUGGACAUACUUUACGUUCAUUCCUGGGAUGGCGUGGCUUCAAUUCCUGAAAUGAUGAGGGCUCUCGAUGAUGUGGUCAAGCAAGGCAAGGUCCUUUACCUGGGCGUCUCAAACUGGCCAGCUUGGCUCGUGGUCAAGGCAAAUGAUUACGCCAGACAACACGCCCUAACACCAUUUGUUGUGUAUGAGGGUUUGCUCAAUGCAGUUGCUCGGGACAUUGAAAGAGAGGUGCUGCCAAUGUGCAAAGCAGAGGGCCUUGGGUUGACUGUUUGGGAGGCAAUGGGAGGAGGCAAGUUCAAGACCAAGGCUGAAAAAUCACAAGCAGAUGGAAGACCAGUCUAUGACCUGGCUGGCAAAGGGAUUGAAGCGUACGAAGCAGCUGCCACGGUCAUGGAACGUAUCGCCAAGAAAAAGGGCACAAAUCCCAUGGCAAUUGCUUUGCGAUAUGUGACACUCAAGGCUCCAUAUAUCUUCCCGAUCAUCGGAGGCCGCAAAAUCGAGAAUCUGAAAUCGAACAUCGCCGCCCUUGAUAUUGACCUCACCGAGGCCGAGAUGAAAGAGAUCGAAGCUGCUGCUCCAGUCAGUCUUGGAUAUCCCCACGUCAUCUUGGCCGGUAGAGACGAUCAACAUGUUGGGCCCACCAAUCCCACAUUUAUCGCAAUGUUCAGUCCGGGUUAUGAGGGCGUGGAGGAUCCAAAGGUGCGUCGGCGGAGGAAAGUCCGCUGUAACUACGAUCCCGAAAGUCCAACCAUUUGCAAAAGGUGCAUCAAGUAUAAUCUCGACUGUGUUGACCCGGCCCAGCAAAUCUCAGAUCCCAGCGCAGAAGAUCGGAAGACCCUCCGAGAACGAGUAUCGAGGUUGGAAGAGAGGCUAGAUGCACUUCAGAACGUAUCUAGUUCUGGUGAUCACUCGAGCAACCCGCUUACUAGCCAUGGGCCUCCCAUUUCAGCCAGCGGAGAUAGCCUGGGAUUCUUCGACGAUUGCGAGCCAGGUUUAGAUGCAACAAGUCAUGUAGCUCCACUGAUUGCUGUUCUUCAAGGAUCGAGCCUAGUAUCAGGUCCAAAUAGGCCAGAUCUCUCCGCCAUGCAUUUGUCAUCUGUUGAAAUUGAGAACUAUUCAAUGCCGGCUGGGACAAACAGAAAGGCUAAACAAACAUGUGAUGCGCUUCGUGGCUCGAUUCCACCGUUGGAAGACUUGAAGUGUUGUCUUUCCGAUCGUAGUCAAUGGUGGGUCCACUGGCAUCAAAAGACGUUUGGGAGCACCAUUCAGCAGGAAACGUUGACAGAAUAUGCUUCUCGUGUGUACGACUUAGACGAGCCAACAGACGUGGGCAUGCUGAUAUCAGCGUUCGCUCGUCAUACUGACAUCGAUGCACUUCGUUAUAUGUCAGUCAUCGAUCAAGUAGUUAUUGGCGACGAUCAAUAUGCAGGGACUUUAGCCGGUUUGACACUCAUCGCGUUCCACACCAAGAACUAUCUUGAUGUUGGACAGCCUCGUCGAGCAUUUCUGUGCAAUCGUCGAGGUUUGAACAUAUGUCAAUUGAUGAAUCUGCACCGCACUUACACAACUUCACCGAAGCUCGGUGCUCUGUGGUGGACAAUAUUCCAAGGAGACCGCUUCUUGUCGAUCCUACUAGGUCUGCCGUAUGGCAUGCCCGAUGAUCAAUUCCCAAUCAACGUCAAUGCAACCGGCGGGAUAGUGGCACAACCAUUCGUGAUUCGCAUGGGGUUGGUGACAGGUAAAGUUAUCGACCACACCCAGACAUAUCCAUCGCCACCAUUUUCCAAAGUCAUUGAUAUCGAUGAUGAACUUGAGAUGCUUGCAGCAAGCAAAGGCCAAAGGUGGUGGGAUCCUGCGAUGCCGUUGGUGGCAUCCGAAGUUCCAGAGUUUCGAGCUAGAAUUGUCGAACACUGUGUGUUCUUCCUGACCAGAAUGUACUUGCACUUGCCAUGCAUACUCAAACCACUAUCAUCACACUUGUACAGUGGUAGUCGGAAGACCGGGUUGGAAUCCGCAAGAGCACUCAUCAAGCGAUAUCAUGUUCUAAGAACACCAGUCAAUACUGAGCCUACUUUUGACUGCAAAACUCUCGACUUCAUAGGCUUCAUGGCAUCCGUCGUUCUCAUUGUUGGAACAAAUCAAGAGCGCCAAUCACGAGAUUUCACUGUACCAUCAGACAAGGAGCUUGUAAAUACCACAGUCGCCCUUCUUAAUCAACUCGAACGAGAGCAGAACUGCUUGAUUGCAGCUCAAUGUCACAGUUGUCUUACGGGAUUAAUGUCGCUCUACGCAAGCGAUAUUGUCAAAGCUAUCCCAUCAAGGAUUGCAAUACCAUACUUUGGAAUACUGCAUGUGGCAGCAAGUGCAAAAAUAGCCUCUGCUACUCAAACGACCAGCGCCUCAUUCGGAGGUAUGGAGUUCAAUUCUUCAGCUCCCUUGGUUGAGAACGUCAUGGAGCAAACGUCCAACAUACCAGAAGCUCAUUUACCAUUAAUCGAUUAUCAAGGGCUUUACAGCAUGGAUGCCAGCCUGAACUGGAUGAGUGAUGCAGCUGGAGGGUACACAGGCUCUUUCGGUGUCAUGAUGGAUCUGGACCAAGAUUGGGAUGCGUUCUUCUUUCCCGAGGUAGGCGAUCACUAG